UGUAUAUAAUUGAAAGCUUUAUUCUGUUUUCCAGGUUUGGGAGGAAGAUUGUUUUGUUUGGAACUAUGGGGGUACAGAUUUUAUUCAAUCUGCUUAUGACAUUGUCACCCAGCUGGGAAAUCUUCUGCCUGUUCAAUUUCCUCAGAGGCAUCGGUGAGGUUUCAAACUAUGUGACUGCGUUUGUGCUUGGAUCUGAACUUCUGCAGAAAUCGAUUCGAGUUACAUACUCUACACUUGGAAUUGGCUGUUUUUAUGCCCUGGGUUACAUGAUGCUGCCUUUUAUUGCCUAUUUCGUGAGAGGAUGGAGAAUGUUGAUAUUGAUCCUGAGCCUGAUCAGUUUGCUGUACAUUCCUUUGUGGUGGUUUAUUCCUGAAUCUCCACGCUGGCUACUGUCCAAGGGAAGGGUAAAGGAAGCAGAAUCAAUAAUUCGAUUCAUGGCAAAGAAAAAUGGCAUCACUCCACCAGCAGUACUUUUCACAGACGAUGAGCUUGAAAAUAUACAGAAUAAACAAGUAAACUCUGUUCCAGUUACUCAAUUGAUAAAAUCUCACAAUAUCCUAGUCAUCACAGUCAUUAGCGUACUCAUAUGGAUGAUUAUAGCAAUUGGAUACUAUGGUCUGUCUCUGAACACCUCCAAUCUUCAUGGCAAUGACUAUCUGAAUUGUUUCCUCUUUGGUGCCAUUGAGAUUCCGGCCAAUAUCGCAUCCUGGCUUCUCCUCCGGAAAUGUCCACGCAGGCUCAGCCAUGCAGGCAUUCUUGCUCUAAGUGGAGGUGUUCUGCUCUUCAUGAACCUCAUACCAUCAAAUCUUUCAAUACUUUCUACAGUGCUGGUGUUAAUUGGAAAAAUGGGAAACACAUGGGCUUAUUCCAUGGUUUAUGUCUACAUCUCCGAACUGUAUCCAACCCCAUUGAGAAACACAGGUGUUGGAGGAUCUUCAAUGGGUUCCAGAACUGGCAGCAUUAUUUCUCCUUACAUUGUUUUACUUGGUAGUUAUCAAGAGACCCUGCCGUUUAUUGUGAUGGGGGUGUUGAUGGUGUUCGCAGGAAUUUUGGUCUUGUUUCUGCCAGAAACGUUCAAUAUUCCUUUUCCAGAUACAAUUGACCAAAUGCAAAAAGUUAAAUGGUGCAAGGGUUCUCACUCUGAUUCAACUCAAACCAGAGAAAACAAUGUGGUGAUUUUAAAAGAGGAAAUGCUUUGAGCACAGAUCUUCACCAGCAGCCAAUCGACUGAGGAAUUCAUCGCCGUUUGGGUCAGGCUCCAACUCUUCAGGAGUGGCAACUCCAAAAGUGGCAACUUCUUCUGUUGAUCCAGAAAGAAACUGAUGCCUGGAGAUCACAGUGAAAUUACUGGACCUUUUCUCUAACAUAUUGUUUUAAAAAAAGACAUGCACUUUUUAUGUCUUUCAUCCGAUUGCAUUAUAUUCCUUGGAUAUUUUCCUCUUUGUAGAGCAAUUUAUUAAAUGCUAUGAACCAAUCCUUGACAUCUACCCAGUGUUAUGGUUUCAUACAGUCAAUGCUUUCUGUGAUCAACUCUUGUUUCAGUUUCAUUCCUCCUGUUUUGGUUCAAACUCCUGCUUUAAAGUUUGAAACUUAAAGUCAAUAUAUUAGGUGCCUUCUUUCAAUUAUCCAUUUAUUGAUUGUGGAACUUGUUGGCAUUCGAUCAAAGAAGUAUAGUACUGAAACAGGCCCUUCAGCCCACAACCUCCAUUGCAAACAUGAUACCAAGUUAAACUAAUCUCUUCUGCCUGCACAUGAUCCGCAACCCUCCAUUAACUGCAUAUGCAUGUGCCUAUCUAAAAGCCUCUUAAAUGCCACUAUCCUCUCUGCCCACACAACUACCCUCAGCUGCGAAUAGGAGUCCGACAUAGGUGCCUGUCCUAUCCAGGUGUUCUAGGGAUGAGUGCAGGGCAAUGGCAAAAUUCGUGGACCUGUUGUGGCAAUAGGCGAACUACAGUGGGUCAAGACCGCUGGGUAGACUGGAUUUAAUGAGUUCCAUAAAUAGCCUCUCAAAACAUUUUGUGAUGUUAGAUGUCAAAGCCACUGGAUGGUAGUCGUUUAAGCAUGAAGUCUUGGUUUUCUUCGGCACUGGAAUGGAAUUACAUGAUUUUUUCAUAAUGGAUAUCAAGAGACACUUUAUGAGAGUCAGAUGGUGAACCAAAAUACAAUCUCUUCUGUUUUCUUUGUGUUAAUCUCAAGAGCAUUAUUAUCAGUCCACUCGACCAGUUUGUUCACGCCAAGUUGGUGCAGCCCAGGGUUGUCUGAGUUACUUAACAGAGAUAAUAGAACUGUAUCAUCUGUGUACUUUAGAAUAUAUUGAUUCGGUGUAUCUGUAUGACAAUCAUCAGUGUAAAAGGUAAAAAGCACAGCUGAACUCACACAACCCCAGGGGGCCCCAACAUUGGUUGUGAUGGCAGAUGAAAGGGUUUUAUUCCCCUUUACAAUCUGUACUCUGUUAGUGCGAAAGGAAGUAUGCCAAUGAUAGGGAUUCAGUUGCUGCCGGACGAUUUUUGACACCAAAAUGUCUGCUUGUAUUCUG